AUGGAAUCCCGUUAUACACUGAAUGUGGAUCUCUGGAGGCAGUCUGAAAAACGAUGUGUACAUUCAAAAGUUCAACAAGUACAAACUGUGCAACAAGUGCAACACGUAUAUCCAGCCCAGGUGCAGUAUGUGGAGGGAAGUGACACGGUCUACACAAAUGGAGCUAUACGAACAACAACGUAUCCUUACACAGAAACUCAGAUGUACAGCCAAAACACUGGGGGGAAUUACUUUGAUACCCAAGGAAGUUCUGCGCAGGUGACCACAGUAGUCUCUUCUCAUAGUAUGGUGGGCACUGGAGGCCUUCAGAUGGGUGUCACAGGAGGACAGCUCAUCAGCAGCACUGGGGGUACCUACCUGAUUGGCAAUUCAAUGGAAAACUCUGGCCAUUCUGUUACUCACACAACACGAGCAUCCCCUGCUACAAUUGAAAUGGCGAUUGAGACACUGCAAAAGUCUGAUGGUCUGUCCACUCACAGAAGCUCUCUUCUCAACAGCCAUCUUCAAUGGCUUUUAGACAACUAUGAAACAGCAGAAGGAGUGAGCCUUCCCAGAAGCACUCUCUACAACCAUUACCUGAGACACUGUCAGGAGCAUAAAUUGGACCCUGUCAAUGCUGCUUCUUUUGGAAAACUCAUACGGUCAAUUUUCAUGGGCCUGCGGACCAGAAGAUUGGGAACCAGGGGGAAUUCCAAAUAUCACUAUUAUGGGAUUCGUGUCAAGCCAGACUCUCCUCUUAAUCGACUACAAGAGGACAUGCAAUAUAUGGCUAUGAGACAACAACCCAUGCAGCAGAAACAAAGGUACAAGCCUAUGCAGAAAGUGGAUGGAGUCUCAGAUGGCUUUACAACAAGUGGUCAGCAAACAGGCACAUCUGUUGAACAAACUGUGAUUGCUCAAAGUCAGCAUCAUCAACAAUUUUUAGAUGCAUCUCGAGCACUUCCAGAGUUUGGAGAAGUUGAAAUCUCUUCGCUGCCAGAUGGUACUACUUUUGAGGAUAUUAAGUCUUUACAGAGUCUCUAUCGAGAACACUGUGAGGCAAUAUUGGAUGUUGUAGUGAACCUUCAGUUUAGCCUAAUAGAAAAAUUGUGGCAGACUUUUUGGCGCUAUUCUCCCUCAACAACUGAUGGCACUACUAUCACUGAGCCAAGCAAUCUGAGUGAAAUAGAAAGUCGACUUCCGAAAGCAAAGCUGAUAACUCUGUGCAAAAAUGAGUCAAUUCUGAAAUGGAUGUGUAACUGUGACCAUGUGAUGUACCAGGCUUUGGUGGAGAUUCUCAUUCCAGACGUCCUUAGACCUAUUCCUAGUGCCUUGACCCAAGCCAUUCGCAAUUUUGCAAAAAGCCUUGAAGGUUGGCUUUCCAAUGCCAUGAACAAUAUUCCCCAGAGAAUGAUUCAAACCAAGAUUGCCGCUGUAAGUGCCUUUGCUCAGACUCUGCGAAGAUACACAUCUCUUAAUCAUCUGGCUCAGGCAGCCCGAGCUGUCUUGCAGAACACUUCUCAAAUUAACCAGAUGCUCAAUGACCUCAACCGUGUUGAUUUUGCCAAUGUCCAGGAGCAGGCUUCCUGGGUGUGCCAGUGUGAUGACAACAUGGUACAACGGUUAGAAACAGAUUUCAAGAUGACUCUUCAGCAGCAGAGCACUCUGGAACAGUGGGCUGCCUGGCUUGACAAUGUAAUGAUGCAAGCACUGAAACCAUAUGAAGGAAGACCUAGUUUUCCUAAAGCAGCACGCCAAUUUCUGUUAAAGUGGUCUUUCUACAGCUCAAUGGUGAUUCGAGAUUUAACUCUGCGCAGUGCUGCUAGCUUUGGUUCUUUUCAUCUGAUCCGUCUGUUAUAUGAUGAAUAUAUGUUUUACUUAGUUGAACAUCGGGUUGCUCAAGCCACAGGAGAGACACCUAUUGCAGUCAUGGGAGAGUUUGGUGAUUUAAAUGCUGCAUCUCCUGGAAACAUGGACAAAGAUGAAGGCAGUGAAGUUGAAAGUGAAAUAGAUGAAGAGCUGGAUGACUCUGGAGAGCCACAAGCCAAGCGGGAGAAGACUGAAAUUAGCCAGGCCUUUCAGGUGGGCUGCCUGCAGCCGGUACUCGAGACUGGAGUACAGCAGAACCUUUUGAACCCUCUUCACAAUGAGCACAUUGUCACAGCUACUCAAACGAUCAGACAGUGUAGUGCGACUGGAAAUACAUAUACUGCGGUCUAACACAUAUUUAAAG